AUGAAGGCCUUUCAGACAGAGCCUCUCUUCCUCUGGUAUGACUACAUCUCCUGUCCUCAGUUGGAGCGUCGGAAGUUUUAUGCCGCUGAUCCAAGUGAUGGUAGUAAUCAAGCCAACGCCAUCAACAGCAUUCCAGGCUACAUUACCAGAUGCCAUUUCUUUUUAGCUUUGUGUCCGACGCUGGAUUGCCCCUGGGAGGGCAAGGUUCUGUCUGCUUUGAGUUGGAGUAGGAGGGGGUGGUGCAGGGUGGAAAGGGCCGCGCGCGAGCUGUCCGACAACGGCAACUGGAUUCUUGUGCAGAGCGGCGCAGCUAUUGAAAUGGUAGGCACCGCGAUUUCUUUCGUGCCUGGUUCUGUGGGAGAAGCAGAGUUUAGCGUCGCAGAGGAUAGGGCAAGGCUUGCACCGGUCAUGCGCAACAUCGUACUGCAGAAGCUGACGCGCUGCCUCCAGACCGGUGAUAUGCCAGGUUUCCGGCGCCACUUCAACCUGCAGAGCGUACACCUGCGAAGGCUUGAGAUCGAGCCUGUUUGCCUCCUUCCUAGCGCCGACGCAGCUCCUGGUGGCCCGAACGCAGUGACAGAGUUCCUUCACCAGAACGGCUUCAGGAAGGCCGGCAAAGCCGACGCUGCCGGGUGGCGGCCGCUUCACUACGCAGCGCUGGCUGGAAACGUUGAGGUGCUCCGAGGCCUCUUGGAGCAACGUGCUGACGUCAACUGUCGCACUUCGAAGGACGAGCCGGCCUUGGGCUUUCCCCCGUGGCUGUCGGCACUUGACCUGGCAGUCUACUACAAGCACCACGAAGCUACUCGUCUGCUGCUCGAAGCAAACGGUUGUUUGAAGGGUGGAACUGCUCCGGCCAUACACUUUGCGGCCAUAACGGACAAUGCUGAAGGUGCCCGCCUGCUGCGUGCAGCAGGAGGCAACCCGCUGGCGCAGAACCUCUUGGGGUUCACUGCCUUGCAGGCUUCGGCCACCUAUGCAGCAAUGGCAUCAAUGGAGGAGAUGCUGGCGCAUGAUUUCCAGAGCCGGCCAGGCCCUCUAGAACUGUCACAGGCUCUUUGGGGCGCUACAGCGUUUCGCGGCGGCUCAGCGGAACUUGUACACCGUCUGAUCAAUCUGCGUGCAGACAUGGACUUCCAGUUCCGCGUGUCUCGUGACUUGAGCUGGCUGGGACGGAUGUUCUCUGCAGCCAAGUCUCUGCAGCACAGACUUGCCUCGGCCACCCUUCAAACGGCGUUUUUCUAUCAUCAGGACGGCAGCACCCCACUCAUGCAGGCCAUCCAGACGGCCCAAUGGGAAGCUGCAGCAGCCUUGAUUGCAGCUGGUGCUAGAACAGACCUGCGGAAUUCCCGCAACCGCGCCGCAGCCGAUUUCGCCAGUGGACAGUCGAUCCCGUGCUUCCUGCAGAUGGGUAUGGACGGCGAUCCGGUCGGGUGCAGAAGGGUGUCUGCACUUGCUUUGGCCGACGGCUACGUGGAGGCGUAUAUGUAA